UUCAAUUUAAAGUCUUAAAAGUAUAUAUAAAAACUAUAUAUUUACAUGUAGGUGUGAUUCAGAUUUUUUUACUCAAUACCAAACCUAGUCGGAUUUAUUAAUCGAUUUAAUUUGACUUAUCAGUUUUAUGUGAUUUUCCAGUUCGGUUUAAAUACCCCUGCAUACUUAAGUGAGUAGAAAUUAUGUUAUUAUUGCUGUUUUAUGAGGUAGAGAUUAGAAAGUUGAGAACAAGACAAUUGCCGUGUGGUAUAUAUUGGGUAUUCAUCAUGUGCCAAAGUGGAAGAGUUCUCUUUACGCCAACAUUAAGGCUUGGUUUUAAGCUUUGGCCAGCAAUUAUCUUUAAGCAUAAUCUAUGUCAUGACAUAUUUAAAUUUACAACUUUCAAAGUCUUUUUUUUUUCUAAGUCCGUCACAAUUAAACAUGUUUACAUAAAACAAAAUGAGGAUAUUUGUUUAAAUUUGAAAAAUAAAAUUCUAAGUAUUUAUUCUAAUGGUCCACUUUCUGAAAAAAACUAGAUAGACCUCUACCUGUAAAAUAAAAAAAAAUAAAAAAGAUCUUGUGAGAUUUGCUUCUUUGAGGAUGGUCAAUGAUGAUAUUAAUAAGCUUGAUUUAGAAGGGAAUUGUGCAUCAAUUUAAACGCUGUUUUCACAAGGCAAGUGUCUCUUAAUUUAUCAAUUUUUUUGAUAUUUUAGAGAAGUUAAAAGGGAGCCUUGUAGCAACAAUAAAGUUAUUUCUGUGUGACAUAUAUGUCACGAGUUCGAGCCGUGGGGCAAGUGUCUCUUAACUUAUCAAUCUUUUUUUAUCUUUUAGAGAAGUUAAAAGGGAGUCUUGUAGCAACAAUUAAGUUAUCUCUAUGUGACAUAUAGGUCACGAGUUCGAGCAGUGGGGCAAGUGUCUCUUAGUUUAUCAAUUUUUUUUUUUAAUCUUUUAGAGAUUUUAAAAGGGAGCCUUGUAGCAACAAUAAAGUUAUCUCUGUGUGACAUAUAGGUCACGAGUUCGAGCCGUGGGGCAAAUGUCUCUUAAUUUAUCAAUUUUUUUUAUCUUUUAGAGAAGUUAAAAGGGAGUCUUGUAGCAACAUAAAGUUAUCUCUGUUUGACAUAUAGGUCACGAGUUCGAGCCGUGGGGCAAGUGUCUCUUAAUUUAUCAAUUCUUUUUUUUAUCUUUUAGAUAAGUUAAAAGGGAGCCUUGUAGCAACAAUAAAGUUAUCUCCGUGUGACAUAUAGGUCACGAAUUCGAGCCGUGGGGCAAAUGUCUCUUAAUUUAUCAAUUUUUUUUUAUCAUUUAGAGAAGUUAAAAGGGAUUCUUGUAGCAACAUAAAGUUAUCUCUGUGUGACAUAUAGGUCACGAGUUCGAGCCGUGGGCCAAGUGUCUCUUAAUUUAUCAAUUUUUUUUUUUUUAUCUUUUAGAGAAGUUAAAAGGGAGCCUUGUACAACAAUAAAGUUAUCUCUGCGUGACAUAUAGGUCACGAGUUCGAGCCGUGAAGUGCGGCUCUUAUCUGUACCCUUCUUGCGGCCCUUCCCCGACCCUACGUGAAUGCGGGAUACCUGUGCACCGACUCCGAGCUGCCCUUUUGGUCUUUCAGAUAAGUAAAAAGCAUGUUCUCUUGAUUUGAGGAAGCAAAACAAAGCAAUCUUAGCUUUCAAUGUAAGAAACAGUUAAAAGGCAUUGUCCCAUUACUUGUAUUAAAUGUGAUAGGUUACUUAUUGUCUUCUUGACAAGAUUUUCUCCUCUGGCUACAGCAAGUAUAUGCUAAAUGAAGCUACCAUGAUUAUACAACAUGCCAUUAAAACAUUAAAAUAAAAGAAAACAAGAGGGGGAAAAGUAAAGAAAUAAAAACUCUGCCAAUAAAUAUGCAAACAGUAUUUGAAUGUCAAAGUACCAUUAAUUUCUCAAUCAAUCUAUAUGGAGUUCAUAAAAGUAGUGUCCACAUCUUUAACUCUUCCAAUUCUUGCUGUUAUCUUCUGUUUCUGUCUUAAUAGCAGCCAAUGCCAUCCUUUAGACCCUCUAAAUCCUACUGAGAUCAACAAGAUUAGAGUCAUUAUUCAAAAAUCUCAUCUUAGUUCCCUCUCCAAUUUAACAUUUCACUUUGUUGAUCUUGAAGAGCCUGAAAAACAGGAUGUCCUUCAUUGGCUGUCCUUACAUAAGCGCGAAAGUGUUCCUUUUCCUUAUCGUCGAGCCAAGGUAGUGGUUCGUGCAAAUGGUGAGACGUUUGAAGUCGUUGUAGACUUGGCUACGCGAUCUAUCAUAUCAGAAAAUGUAUAUACUGGUCAUGGUUUCCCUCCACUUACUCUCGACGAAAUUGUACAAUGCAGCAGGCUGACAUUGAGGAAUCCUAAAUUUCAAGAUUCAAUAUUGAAAAGGGGUUUGAAUAUAUCAGAAGUUAGUUGCAUACCACAGCCAGUAGGAUGGUUCGGGCAGCCAAGGACACGAAGAGUACUUAACGUUCCAUGUUUUUAUCGCAAUGGGACAACUAAUUUUUGGGCAAGGCCAAUUGAAGGGAUCACUACAAUAUUAGAUGUUGAAUCCAUAAAGAUAAUCAAAUAUAUGGACAGAUUCAGAGUCCCUUUGCCUGAAGCCGAGAGUGCUGAUUUUCAAUCAUCGAGCCAGAGAUCAGUCGCUUGCAAUGACACAGACACAAGCCGGAUUAUCAUCAAAGGCAAUGAAGUUAAAUGGGAUAAUUGGGUUUUUCAUGUUGGAUUGAACACGAGGGCGGGGACUAUCGUGUCUACAGCUUCUAUAUUCGAUGAUACAAGAAAAGAAUAUCGACAUGUGCUCUAUAGUGGUCAUGUAUCUGAGACAUUUGUGCCUUAUAUGGAUCCUACAUUUGAAUGGUACUACAGGACUUUUAUGGAUAUAGGUGAAUUUGGUUUCGGAAGGUCUGCUAGUAGUCUUGUCCCGUUACUAGAUUGUCCGAACAAUGCAGUGUAUAUGGACGGAUAUAUGGCUGAUUCAGAAGGACAUAUAGUGCAAGUUCCCAACGCGAUUUGUAUAUUUGAAAGAUAUGUUGGCGAUGCUGCUUGGAGGCAUACAGAAAAUGGAGUACCGGGAAAUAUAAACACUAAGGGACAGCAAGAAGUUAAUUUGGUUGUUAGAAUGGUAGCAACAGUAGGAAAUUAUGAUUAUACACUUGAUUGGGAGUUCAAACAAAGUGGAACUCUCAGAGUUGGAGUAAGUUUAAACGGAGUUAUGGAGACGAAGGCUGUGAAAUAUACGAACGAUAAUCAAAUAACAGAGGAUGUUUACGGGACCCUUGUGGCCAAAAAUACAAUUGCAGUUAACCAUGAUCAUUUCCUUAUUUACUAUCUUGAUCUUGAUAUUGAUGGUACUGAUAAUUCAUUCCUAAAAGCCAAACUGAAAACUAGAAGAGUGAAGGACUCAAAAAUUUCACCUAGGAAAAGUUAUUGGAAAGUUGUUAAGGAAACUACGAAAACAGAAAAUGAGGCUAAGACACACCUAGGACUAGAACCAGCUGAAUUCUUGAUUGUAAAUCCAAAUAAGAAAACAAAGAUUGGACAUGAUGUAUCUUAUCGACUAAUACCUAGUCGACCAGCCAUGUCGUUGCUAUCAUACGACGAUUAUCCUCAACUUCGAGCAGCCUAUACAAAGUAUCAAUUGUGGGUGACACCAUACAACAAAUCAGAAAGGUGGGCCGGAGGAUUCUACACUGAUAGGAGUCGAGGAGAUGAUGGCCUACCAAUCUGGAGUCGCAGGAAUAGGCCUAUUGAAAACAAGGAUAUUGUGCUUUGGUACACUGUUGGACUCCAUCAUGUACCAUGUCAAGAAGAUUUUCCUGUAAUGCCUUCAUUUUAUGAUGGUUUCGAGCUCCGGCCAACAAAUUUCUUUGAAAGAAAUCCAUUGCUGAAACAAUGAUAUACCUUGAUAAAUUGAUAUAUAAUUUGAGCAAGUGCAAAUUUCAAGUUCUUCUAUUAAACAGUAACCUUUUAACUCUACUAUAUAAAGUGUACUAGUAAAUUUUGUUGUAAUUUAUAUGGAGAACAAAAGAUGAUCUUCUUUAGCCUGUUUA